AUGAACAACAAUAAUGGUGGUAUUCCAAACUCUCUUCUGGUUCUUGACGGUAAGAAUUGGAUUCGAUGGAAUAAACCAAUACAAUCGUUGUUUGGCUUCCAUGAAACCUUUGAAGUGGUUACUAAUGGUAUUCAUAUGCUUGCUAUAAAUGCAAUUGAUGCUCAGAGAGUCAACCACAGGGAUGCCAAGAAGAAAGAUUGCAAGGCACUGUUCUGCAUUCAAUUGGCGGUAGACUCACCGGAUAUUGGUCAGAUUUCUCAUGUUGAAUCAUCAAAGGAGGCAUGGGAUGUUCUGGUGAAGUAUUAUGAAGGCGAUUCCAACAAUCUUGAAACACUGAAGUUGGAAUAUUUGAAUGGUUCGUUGGAGGCGCAUGAGUUGAGAAUUAUUGAAAGAAAGGGCGUUCAAGAUUCGACACAUGCACCACAAGCUCAAACAUGGAAGAAGCAUGAUGUUUCUAACAAGUUCAGAGGCAAGACUAAGAGUAAGAAGUCUUGGUUGAACCCUCAGAAGCAUAAGGUCGAUUCUGAAUCCUCCAAAAGAGGAGAAGGAACGUCAACUAAUAAAGAAGAAAAGAAAGGUGUGUAG